GUGAUGCUGCGGGUCGGCAGCUCACAGUGGAGCUGACCAGGGGACUGAGAAGAGCCUGACAGAAUCGGUGCGGAGCGCGCGAAGCCCUUGGUUCUCCGCCCGCCCGCCGCUUCCAGCCACCAGGGUCACGCCUCUCGCUGGACUCUGUGUCCCCCAAGUCCCGGGCCCCUCAGCGGGAAUGUUCAAAAAUGAGUACCAGGGAGGUGCAUUUGUUGAAAUUUUUAGUGCUCAGGGGAAAAAUCCUGGAGCAAAAUGGAAGAUUCUUGGUAGUCCAUCUGUGAUUUGGAAAGAGUUUGAUAAAGAAGUUAAAAGUUUUGUGUUUGUCCUGGAAGGUAGCAGCCAAACAAACAAAAUUCAAUUACCAAAGGAGAAUAAGCAAAUCCUUGGACUGAUCCAGAGGUUUCUUGUGCUUCAAAUUUACAUACCCCUGGGACAGGACUUCUCUACUGAAUUGCUAAUUACUGAUUUAAGAAACAUCAAAAGAAGAUUGUAUUUAUCAACAGUCCAUAAGGAACUGUCUUCAACCCCUCUUCAUGCAAAAAUCCCACUCUUCAUGAUCAAGCGCAAAAUUUGGUGCAAUCUGUGUAUUGACUUAGUUGCAUUCACCAGUGAGAUAUUCAAGGGAGCAGUUUUCCAGUCAUUGGAUGGGAUUAUUGUCUCAGCAAACUGUAAGCUACGGAAGAUCUUCACCUUAAAAUCAAAGCCUCAAGACACUGCUGAUAAAGAUGAUGAACCCACAGACAUUAUUCCACGAAGUUGCCAACUCACAACAGAUGUUCCACAUGUCACGCAGCUGCUGAACAUGACUAAACUCCGCCAAACAGAAAUAAAAUUUGAAGGUCAUCCUCUCAGAUCAGCAGAAUCAGACCAGUUCAUCAACAGAGCAACAGGUAGCAUCCGGAACAGUAAAAACCAAGAUGUCUGUCACAUAGCUUUUGGAUCUAAAGUUCUUGGGCCGCCUCCACUGUCUGGCAGAAGGAAUCACAUGAGACUAUCCAGUGAGACAAUAAGAUCUGUUGGGUCCAAAAGUAGCCAAUCAUGCCAGCAACCCACAGUAGAGAAGUGUGUUGUGACCAGUGGAGAAAUAUCUGAGGAGCAAGGAGAUAAAGAAAAUAUUCACCAAAUAAAGCAGAGUAUACCAAUUCAUGCCAGUCUACCUAUUAUGCAUCCACAUCCCCCUCAAGAACCAUCAACUGAUAAGCCUAAUAACCGAAGAAGAUUCUGGUUAAAAAGCUCCAGCAGACUACGGACAGAGACACCCUGUGAAGUAACUUAUUCCAAUGAAGAUGGUUCUUCGGGAAAUAACAAGAAUGGAGAUGAAGCAGCAGCUACCCUCACCACUGUGACCCAAGAAAAAGCAGAGAAAAAAGAACUCAAUACUCCAGGACCUCAGUCUGCUGAUCUCUCAGAUGAGUGGGUAUUUCCUGAAAAUGAUGAUCACACUCCCCAUUUAGAAUCCAGCAGUAAGUCCCAGCUUCUGGAUGACGAUUCCUGCAUCACUCCACACUUGUGGACAAAAGCCAUCAAGAACAGUGAACCUGACCAACAGGCAGAUGAAACCCAGAUGGUUCCAAAGGACAUUUUCACAUUUUCAUCUAGACCUCGAUCAGCACCUCAUGGGAAGACGCAGAAUAUGUCCCCAGAGGAAUGUUCCUUUAUUUUGGAUCUAAAAGAGGAUAACAGUAUGGUGAGGACAGACAUCCAAUUGGAGGAUGAUUUGUAUGGCGAUGACAGCAGCGAAGAGGAGUACAACUGGAGAAACUAUCAACCCAGCCAGAUGAGUGAAUCUGAGCUGCAGAUGCUGGCAAGCCUACGGCGGCAACAGAAUGAAGAACUGGAAGACACUGGGGCUCCCCAUGGCCUCAGUGCAUCCCAGGUUGACAACUGUAAUGUCAGCAUCAGUACCAGCAGUGAUGACACAACCACCUGGAACUCCUGCCUGCCACCUCCUGUCAACCAGGGUCGCCACUAUCAGAAAGAAAUGAACCCACCUUCUCCUUCUAACCCACGGGACUGGUUAAGCAUGUUGAGCCCACCAAUUGUUCCUCCCAGCCAACAGUCAGCAGAGCAGAACCUGGAUUCCUCUGGAAGUAUGAGUGCUCAAGGUGAAGAAGAUCUGAGUGUGGAAGAGGAUGAGGAAGUGUUGACUCUGUUGUACGACCCUUGUCUAAACUGUUACUUUGACCCCCAGACUGGGAAAUACUACGAGUUGGUAUGAUCCCCUCACCCAGGGUUAAGAGUAGCCGCCUAGUCAGUGCAGAGUAACAGCUUGAAGUCUGUAGAAAAGGUACCACAGCCUGUGUUUUGGCUACAUGAGCCCAAGGAACCAAAAGGAAUAGAGAGAAGUGAAGUUGUUUUGUAAAUAAUGUUCAAUGUUAAGAAUACCUACAUUCUUUCUGUAGACAUGUGUGAUUUUUGAAAUUGUGAAGGGACCCAAAGACAAGAUUUUUAGGACUUUUAGGACUUUAAAUUGGUUCUUAUUUGUUUAUUCUCAUCUUACAAGUUUUAUUUCAAGUAUUUUAUAUACACAAAUUAAGAGUUACUCAUUCAAAUUUUUUGCAGUGUUAAUCAAAUGAUGGCUUGAUAUACUACAGAAAAUGUAUUCUUGUUUAAAAGAUAUCUGGUAC